UUUAGCAUCGUCCGAGCACUGUUCCUUCAUUUGCCGUGGUUUUAAGGAUAUAUUUGAAGGUAUAUAAACUGGUCGCGGGAGCGAGCGCAGUAAGGAAUGUUCACCCUGCGCUCCGACAGGUUUCAGCGAAUUAUAAACGAAUAGUACAAGAGGAAAGGACAUGAACAGCAUGAUGGACAUUCCAUCAACUCCCCUCUUACUACUGUCAUUCCUCCAGCAAAGUCCUAGUCUGCCUUGUGAGCUACAGAGGGAGCUAGAGAAUCUGCACUGUGAACUCAGAAGUGCAGCUCACAAAGGAUUAAAGGACGAUAUAGAGUAUCCCGAGGACCAUGACUUUGGCAUUGAAUGCGAUGGCGAGCUGCAAACAGACGGACACUCGUUUCACAGGGGUCUACACGAUCUUCCUCAAGCUGAUCUUGUGUUACCAGUGCAUAAUGAAGUGCUCAUGGUGAGGGAGGUGGCUGCUGAGCUCAUUAGAAUGGCAGAUGAAUUCAAUGAGAUUGUUGUCUCUCAAGCCGCUGAGUGUCUGGCCAAGAAACUCAGCAACUCUUCAGAAGAGGGCUGGUGGAACUGCUUGGCUCAGGGGGUUGAUGGCUUACUCAAGGAGAUGCCUGGUGUUCACACUGAGCGAAUGGUGAUGGCGCUCACCUUCUCCCUGGUGAAGGCGGUCUGUGAACGCACGCCUCGUCUGCUGCGUGGCCUGUAUAACACCAUGACACAAUAAACUUUCAUGACAUGAUUAAAGUGCUUUGUGUCACCCAAGUGUCACCUAUAUUCUCAGGUUACUGUUUUAAGUUUUACAUAACCAUAUAGUCAGUGUUUACUUGCCUCUCAUUAGAACAAUUAUAUGUGAUGUUUUUUUGUUUGUUUGUCUGAUUUGUCAGUAUGUAUUCAGUGUAUUGAAUUAAUUUUUUGAAUUUAUUUCUUGUCAAAGAAAACAAAAAUGAAUGAACUGUGACGUUACUGACUUUUUUCCCUAUGAUUUAACACCCUAAUAAAGGUAUUGUAAAUAAAAUUA